AUGGCGCCAGCAGGCCGCGACGGCGAGAACACAAGAUUCCCGUUCCUAGCGACGGUGCGGUCAUUGGUGACCAUCGUGGUCACCGUGCUCGCCGUUUCCGUAGUGGUGAUGGUCAUCGUGGUCGUCCACCGCCCAGUGGACAUGGGCUUCCAGAGCUACGGCUAUGUGUUGACGGAGAAGCCGUGGUGGAUACAGCAUAGCACCACCACGGCCUGGCCGGCGACGGCGGUGGACUACCUGAUCGUCGUCAAGGCCCUGAACCCAAGCGGGCGCGGCCAGAUCCAUGGCAGCAUCAACGUGGUCCGCCUCCUGGACGUCCCCAACGCAUCCUUCGCGGGGAUGGUGGACCUCGGGUGGUUCAAGCCCGAGUCGGGCCCCUUCGACCUGCCGCCGCACAGCAAGCACAGAUACAGGGACUGGAGGCACAUCGACGAUCAACCAACGCUGCAGUACCUCUACGACAAGCACGGCCAUGAAGACGCCGGGUUCACCGUGAUGGUGGUGGUGGACGCCACCUACAGGCCGGCGCAUUCCAAGAAGAGCAUCGACGCGGCCUAUUAUUGCUGGCCGGUGACAUUCAUCCGCAUCGACGCCACCAACACUCCGGCGGCCGACAACGUCGAUUGCAAGACGGCCCAAGAGAUGGGCGUCGAGCUCAAAUGGGAGAAGCCGCCGCCAGCUACUAGUACUUGA